UGGCGGCUGCGUCAAACCUCUCAAUGGCCAGUACAUACAGUAGCAUCAACAAUCCAUGAUCGGGUUACAGUAGAACGGACCAAUACAGUAUAGUAGCCUACAUACAGUAUUUGUAUUAAUGGCUUUGAAUAAAGUAUCCAAGACCGCCCUCACGUGGUUGAUUACACACGUCGUAGUGGCCUGAAAAAGCAACAUUGGAGUGUGAUGCUGUCAACCUCUAUUGCGAUCUCAGAGCCGAGGAUCCACACGGUGAACUGCGUGUCGGGACCAGAGAGAGAACCAACCGAACAGGCUUCUGUCAUCCUUCUCAUUCCGCCCAAGCCCCGGCUGAAGUCCGACGCGGUGUGAUCUUUGAACUCUGCUGAGGUGAUCUGACAGGAUUAGACAGACAAACAGUCAGACAGACUGACAGACUGUCCUCUAGCUGCCACCAUGGGCUCCCUAGCCACCACUGCCACCCUGCUUUCCUUACUGCUACUGGGAGCUGUGACGGCCAGACUAGACACUAAAAACCCCAAGACAGUGUUCCUGGACAAGCAGGAGGCCAGUGAAGUGAUCACCUUAUCCCGCCAGAAGAGGGCCAACGUGGGCAACGAGGAGAGCCUGCUCCCUGCCAACCUGGAGAGGGAGUGUCUGGAGGAGGUCUGCAACUACGAGGAGGCCAGGGAGAUCUUCCAGGACUCCUACCGCACGGAUAUCUUCUGGUCCGUCUACAUAGACGGGGACCAGUGUGCAGAGAAGCCGUGUAAGAAUGGAGCCAUGUGCUCAGACAGCGUGGGGGGAUACGACUGUGUUUGCAAGUCAGGCUUCUUUGGAGUCCACUGUGAGACAGAUCAGACAGUGUGUAUGUUGGACAAGACCAAGGGCUGCAGUCAGUUCUGUAAGCCAGGAUACCAGUCCUAUGAGUGUUCCUGUGCCCGUGGCUGGAAACUAGAGGAGAAGGAGAGGGUGAAGUGUAUGCCUGCAGUGACAUUCCCCUGUGGGAAGGUGAACAGCCUCAGCCAGUGGACAAAGAGACAGUCAACCAACAUCGCCAGCAACUUUGAGGGACUAGCCUGCAACUCUGGAGAGUGUCCCUGGCAGGCCAUUCUGAAGAGUACAGAGUCUGUAGGGUUCUGUAGUGGUGUCAUUCUGAAGGAGAACCUGGUUCUAACUACAGCCCAGUGUGCCCAGAAAUACGUCAACUUCCAGGUGGCUGUCGGCAAACGCCUAACCGCAUCUGAAGAUGGCGAACAGACGCUCUAUGUCCAAGUCGUCCACGUCCACCCCCGCUACGUACCCGGUCGCCCUGACAACGACCUGGCCGUCCUCGAGCUCCGCGAGCGCAUCGUCUAUAAGAAGCAUGUGGUCGCUGCCUGCCUGCCCGAACGUGACUUUGCAGAGGUCGUCCUGAUGACUGGCGAGUAUCCGGCCGUGGUCACUGGCUGGAAGGACCCCGUGGACGCCACGGAGGUCCAAGGCCCGCUCACUCUCAACCACCUGGCAUAUGAGCGUUUGCCCCAGUGUGUGGAGAGGCACCCGGGGUUGGUCACCAACAAGAUGGGCUGUACGACGGUGAGACCCAAGGGUGACUGCAUCCUGGGGCCGGGGAGUCCCAUCCUAUCUCUCCACAGGGAGGUGUUCUAUCUGACCGGGGUAGUCUCCAGACCAGCAGGGGCAGACUGUAGUCAGGGUUACAUCUACCAGAAGGUGUCCCGUUUCCUGCUCUGGCUGCAGCCCCUCAUGGACUCACGCUAAGAGGGCUCUGAAUCCCAAAUCAACCACUAGUCCCCA